AUGUCUUUCGUACCCCUUGAGCACAAAGCUGCAGGUCAUGAUGGAGCAAUGCAAUCUAUUGACGGUUCGUUGUUUAUAAAGCCCACUACUACACAAGAGCUAGAGUUUUAUACCACGACGCAGGCUCAGAUGCAGAAUAUUGACGAUGACAUUGAGUUAGGAUCAAAGUUGUUCCAUUGGAUGCCUGUCUUCUAUGGAACAAUGUCUCCUGGUGUGAGUGAAGAACUCCGAGAGAAAAACCCGGAAGCAAGCAAAGAAUAUCAAGACUCAGUGGUUCCCCAGCCAGAGAGCGGACAACAAUACCUGGUUUUAGAGAAUGUGGUAUAUGGUUUCAAAAACCCGAGUGUUAUCGACAUCAAGCUUGGAAACGUUCUCUAUGACGAAAACGCAGAUAAAGAUAAGGUUGAACGGAUGAAAAAGGUUUCGAAUACUACAACUUCAGGGUCUCUACAUUAUCGUAUUUGUGGAAUGAAAAUUGUCGAUUCAGGCAAAUCUCUGGCGAAUAUUAAGGGCCCAGAUAUGAAGAAAACGGUGCGCAAAGAUAAUGGUUACCUAGUAUUCGACAACAAUUUUGGAAAGGGGUUAACACCUGACACUGUGAAAGAUGCUUUGCUAUUAUUUUUCAGAGCAAAUAAUCUUUCACCCCAGAGACAAGCAAUUGUUCUUGAGAAUACCAUUCGUCGCUUGCAGCUUCUUUAUAACUGUUUGCUUGAUUACGAAAUUAGAAUGGUCAGUGCAUCCCUAUUGCUGGUCUAUGAAAAUGAUGAAGGACGUUGGGAAGAGCUUGAUAAUCAAGAUAUACUGAUAAACGAGAUGGAAAUUGAUGAGGAAUCUAGCGCGGAAGAUCUCCCUCAAGCAUUGAGUUUGCUGAGAUUAAUCGAUUUUGCCCAUACAAAGUAUACCCCCGGAAAGGGCAGUGACGAAUCCAUAUUAACUGGUGUUAAAAACUUAUUAGAAUUGAUCCAAACCGUGUGA